GUUAACGCCCAAAAGAAAAUGGCCUAGCCAGCAAUAAAUAUAAAAACAGAAAUUAUCAUAGGGUUACAUAAUUUUCACUAUGGAUAGAGUUAGUGAAGCAGCUGCCCAUGAUUUAGCUGAAGUCAGAAAACUUGUUGAAGGCAUGAAUGCUCUUGUUAAUAGUCAACAAAAAAUAGAAUCAGAAAAACAACAGAAACUUUUAAAACAAAAACAAAAGGCACAACAAAAACAACGAGCUCGAAGAGAAUCAUUAACUCCACAACAUGUUGUUUCUCCUGAAUGUAAAAAUGAAUUACAGCAGCAUGACCCGAUCAUUCAACCUUCUUCACAAGAUAUGUCCAGCAAUGACCACUCACCACAGUCAUCUGGCCAACAAAAACAAAUUGCCAAUGAUCAACCUACAAUGCAACUCCCCAUGACCAAUGGUGUUAUUAUUGAAGUGACCCAUUUAGGAUUCACUCGUACAUUAUAUUUUCAAUUAUCACUUGAAACAACAAUUGAACCAUUAAUAGCUUGGCUAAGGCUAUCAUUUUGGGAUAAUUCUAUUUCUGGCAUGGUAUUACAAUAUAAAGGGUUCGAUGGGUUAUGGAAAUGUCUUUUGAACAGAGAUGAUUCACUAAAAAGAAUAUUAAAACAAAGUCUAAAAAACAAUGUAAUACUACAAAUGAGAGUACCAAGGGAACAGGACUUAUUAAGUUCAGGAUAUACAGACAAGCGUCUUUUAGUUUUAACAAGCAAAAUGAUUAAUAAUAACUCGAUACAUUCAUCUAUAGCGAUCAAUAAAGAAGAAGGAAAGUAAUAAUGGGUUUUUGGUCAUUGCAUUAUUAGAAAAAAAAGUAAUCGAUGUCAUUUUUUUUUUUUUUUUACCUUCAAUUUCACUAAUACCAUAGCAUACCGUUUGCUUUGCUCUUUCAUACUUGAGAUAGCUACAUAAAUGUAAUAUUAUUUGAUUCCUAUUAAAAUCCCUUAUCUAUCUUCUCAUCUUUUAAAGCAUGUCUUCUUCUCCUCCAAAAGCCUGUUGAAGAAGAUCUCUUCCGCUACUUUUUAGUGGAGUGUUCAAUUAAAAAAAAAAAAAAUUGAUCUUUUAUACUACUUUCAUUUGUGCUUCCCUCCGGACAUCUCGUUCCCUUCUCUAAUAUGCUUGGUUUAUGUACUCUAUCAUGGUUCUGAUCUAUAACUUAGUUCAAUAAUAAAUAGUAUAAAUUAUAUUAUCUGAUUCUAUAUAGGUAUGAUAUCUAUUACU